AGUCCUCUUCUAGCUCCUUCUGGGAAAGAGGCCCCAUAUGUCAGUAUCUCACCCAAGCCACCCCCGCGGCUCAGUGGUAGAGUCCUACCAGAGCCCUUCCCUCUUCCCCUCCGCCAUACUACACCUGGUACUGCCCGGCCCCUUCCCGUAGCUUUGACCGCUUGCUCCUCCGCCCCCCCUGCUCUAGGCCGGUCUGCAGCUUGGGGACUCCCGGCCCCAGGCGACCGGAGUGAUGGCGCCGCCUGCAGGCGGGGGCGAGGAGCCAGAGGGCGCGGCGCUGGAGGAGGCGGUAGUGUUCGUGGAGGUGCGUGGCCUGGGACCCGGGUCGGGUCCAGGGCCCGAUGGGCUGUGGCGGCUGCAGCUGAGCGCGGAGGCCGCGCGGCCCGGGCACUUCCGCUUGGCGCUGCAGGGCUCUGGGAGCCCUCCCGGGGAGGGCUUGCAAUGGCCCCUUGAAUCCGUGACCUGCACUAGCCGUGGCCCCUGUGAGUUAGAGCUACAGCCGCCUAAGGAAGGGCCUGGGCCGGGUGCUGUGACACUGUGUUUCCAAGAUACCCAAGACGCCCAGCGCUGGAGUACGCUGCUGGAGAGAGCCCGGGAUCCUGCCUUCCGGGGCACAGCUGCUGCCAGCUCUGCCUCAGCUCCUACCCCCGGCAUUCUGCCCCCUAGUAUCUCCACACCACCUCCAGCUUCUGAGGCUGAGUCCCUAUGGAGCCCUCAGGAUUUUUCUGAGAAAGAGGAUUUGACAAACCGACUGACCCGGGCCAUCUGUGGGGGCGAUGAGCAGGGAGCAGCUCAAGCUGCAGCAGCCCUGGCCCAGAGGCAGGUGCCUCUCAACAUUGUGCUCCAGGAGAGCUGCUUUCCCCCAGGGCCCAUCAGGCUUCAGGUCACAGUGGAGGAUGCAGCAUCAUCAGCUCACAUCUCUCUGCGGGUUCAUCCUCACUGCACAGUAGCAGCUCUACAAGAGCAGGUGUUCAAAGAAUACGGCUUCCCUCCGCGGGUGCAGCGCUGGGUAAUAGGCCGUUGUUUGUGUGUGCCCGAAAGGAGCUUGGCCUCCUAUGGGGUACAGAGGGAUGGAGACCCCGCCUUCCUAUACCUGCUUUCUGGGCCCCCUGGGCCUCAUGGUGCUCGGCCUUCAGGCCGAAGGCUAGAAGCUAGGGAGAAGUCAAAUGGGGAGAUCAGCUCCCCUCUCACCCACCCACCCCCACAAGCCUCUCGUCCACCAGCCUCCACCAACCUUUCUGGAUGUCUGCAAGUCGGCUGGUCCUGCCCUUCAUGCACCUUCAUCAAUGUUCCUGGGAGACCAGGGUGCGAGAUGUGCAGCACCGAGCGACCGGCCUUUGGAAGCCCCCAGCCAGAGGCUCCUGCUCAACAGCCCCCAAAGGUUACAAGAUGGGGAGAAGACUUGGCAAUUCCUCCCAGCAGCGGGUCCUUGGAUGGCUUCCUUCACUUGUCAAGUGAAUUUUCCUGACCCAAGCGGGUCAAAUGGACAGACUGGGGACAUAUCCUAACUUAGAGGAUCAAGGAAGGCCGAGAGUGACUUACCCAUUUAAGCCUAGAUGGACAACAGGAUGGAAAUUAGACUAUAAUAAUAAAAAUAACCCAUCAUAUUUGGAGAAGAUUUAGUAAAAGCACUUUUACAUCCAUAAUCUAA